UCGUGUUUGCUCUCCAGGCGAUGAACUACGACCAAGUGAAGCUCCGAGAUGGGAGGUGUCUGGCCUACAAAGAAUUCGGAGUCGACAGGAGCUCGGCGAGAUUCAAGGUGGUGGUCAUUCAUGGGCUUGGCAGUUCUCGCGACGCUCUUUUCCCGUGCUCAAAGCCUACUCGAUCGCAGGAGCUUGCGGACGAGCUGGGACUUUACAUGGUCGGAUUCGAUCGAGCUGGCUAUGGACACAGCGACCCUUUUCCGCAAAGAUCUGUGAAGUCCGAAGCGCUCGACAUCCAGGAUUUGGCAGACCAGCUUCAACUCGGUGCGAAGUUCCACAUCAUAGCAAUCUCGAUUGGUGGCUACUCGGCAUGGUCGUGUCUCAAGUACAUUCCACACAGGAUUGCUGGAGCGGCACUUGUUGCUCCAGCCAUCAACUACUGGUGGCCGUGCUUGCCACCAUCUCUUUCUCACCAGGCUUUCAGCGCUCGAUCGUUUCUAGACAAGUGUGGCCUUCGACUGGCUCACUACUUCCCCGGCCUCUACACCUGGUGGAGCAGCCAGAGAUGGCUAGAACCCGGCAUUUCCAGGCUCGACAAGGUGGACCAGACCAUCCUGGCCAGUCCCAACAUCCUCAAGCACCGGAGCCAAGCCCAACGCCAGGGAGCCCAGGAAUCCACCGCGAGAGACAUCCUCGUCCAGUUUGCGAGCUGGGAAUUCGAUCCAAGCCAGGUGGAGCAGCCGGGAGAGGGAAUUCGCGUGGAUAUCUGGCAGGGCGAUCGAGAUUACUUGGUUCCGGCGCUCCUCCAGCGUUGCAUCCACGAAAGAUUGCCCUGGACCGGCUAUCACGAGCUCCCAGAAAUGGGCCACUUGUUCUUCCUCCUCCCGGGGCGUGGAGAGGAGAUUAUCCGCACGCUACUAAUCUAACCACGCUUAUUAUUCUAACCUGAUCUCGUUUAGUCUAAACUUGUAUUAAGACAAGAUUAGUUUUUAAAGAAACAUUGAUUAGUUUAAAAGUA